AUGAGCACAAACAUCACCCCAGAUAACAACACGAGCCUGCAGGAGACUGACUUGUGGAUGAGUCGCCUAGACCCUGCUUUGAUCCAUCGAGUGCUGCUCACUGAUCCCGCGGACUUCCCAUCCCUCGCGUCUUCCACCAAAUUCACCCUUUCUUUUGCCGAGUUCCGAAAAUGCCUCGUUGACGACAAGAUAGAAGCCCUGCCUGCGGACAUGGUGGUAAAGAGAGCUGUGCACGAUCAUAUUAUCCAGUCACUUCGGAAAGAUCCCGAAAAUCUGAAACCACUGACUGGUUUGCUGCUCGAACUCCAUGGGCAGUGUAGGGCGUUGAUACCCAAUCGCAAGGACCUUCAUUCUAUCCUCGAUGAUGAACAUGUCAAGACUGUCACAACUCUACAAGAAAUUCUGCCACUGAUCAGCAAGGCUGCCAGUUCUUUAGCACAAUUGGAAUCGGAAAGCCGAGCUACCACCACACUGGAACUUCUCAAUAGCCACAAAUCGACGGACAACAAAGACACCUUAUUUUGGGUCGCAGUCGUUUUCUAUCUCCUCUACAAGGCAGAACUAUGUCAAGCCGAAAAACAAGACUUUUACUUGGUCCACGUGUGGGCUCCUCAAAUUCACAAGGAAGGCCCGGAUAUCGAACGGACGCUGUACCAGCAACAGUUUGGAAAAUUUGAGGACGCCGAUUCGUCUCCCGCCACUCGACAAUGGAUUCAAUCACUGGUUCAAGCACACUUGGCCGCCAAUCCACAGGCACAGGAAGUUGCUAGUACCGGUACUGCAGUACGACGACAAUCCUCCUUGACCGAAUCGGUAGACGAUCGCAAAGCAUUGGUCCGAGCAGGAUGGAUCGACGACAUUCUCUUUCGCGAUCAAACGCCUCUGAAUCUUCCCGAAAUUUUCGCCCGCGAUCACAAUGGAUUGCAGACAUUGCGAGAGAUGACGCGACUGGCCGUGGCCGGAUGCGCCUUGGCAUUGCAGGCAUGCAGUGCGGCGGGAGUAGCCAACCCCAAAGGCAAAAAAGGCCAACAAUCCCUCUGGCGAGCCCUACAAAACCGAGGAAUACCACCCGACCUGUACGAACGAAAUGUGGUAGAACAAGUUGUGGCGCUGGCGCAGGACUGGAGUGUCGACGAAAACAGCAAGACUAUUCUCCAGGACGAGGAGGCCAAGCAACAGCUAGCGGGAAGAGUCGUUGCCGUGUUGCGUGGGCAAGAUCCCGUCCUGAAACUCUUGGAUGGCAGAACAAAACAGGCCGUGCGAGAGGCGUUGCUAUUGUUGGAGGAGGAGAAGGAUACAACCAAGGGACAUGUAUCGGAAAUGCGAACGGGCCGGCAAGAAGGUUCUAUUGCAAUCAUUAGCGGCGAUACACAACAAGCCCCGACAGUCGUCGAGAAGCUGUUUUGCCAACGAGGUCUAGCAUUCAGUGCCUCGGAGCUGGCCAUGGUGGCAAAGUUGGCUGGAAAGGUCGUCAACUUGGCGAUUGACUUGUAUUGGGAAGUCUUGUUGGAUAGGCUGGUGUUGGAUGCGUGCAACGAGAGGCACAUUUAG